AUGCGAGACGAGGCGCCGCGCUGGUGGAUCGGUAUCUCGGUCACAAUCGCAAGCAAUGUGCUGAUUUCGCUGGCGCUCAACUGCCAGAAGCUCGCGCAUAUGCGUCUCGAGGAAGAGGCGCAGGAGUCGGGCACGUCGCCGACGUAUCUCGACGUCCCCACAGAGCAAACGCCGCUCGUAGAAGACGCGCCCCGCGCGUCUUAUCUGCGCAGCAAACUGUGGUGGACAGGCUUUGGGCUGAUGGGGCUGGGCGAGUCGGGCAACUUUUUGUCGUACGGCUUUGCGCCGGCAUCGAUCGUCGCGCCCCUCGGCGCGGUGUCGCUCCUGUCGAAUGUCAUCAUCGCACCGGCGCUGCUCCACGAAUCGGUCCACGGCCUGGACCUGCUCGGGAUCCUGCUCGCGAUCAUGGGCGCUGUUGCGGUCGUGAGCAGCGCAGGGACGUCGGGCAGCGAGCCGCAGGACCCGGAGCACCUGUGGGCGGCGCUGACGCGCCCGACGUUUCUGCUGUACUCGGCGGGGAUGGUGUGCCUCGGUAUGGCGCUCAUGGUGCUGUGCAACACGCACAUCGGAAAGCGCUCGAUCCUCACGCACGUCGGGGUGUGCGCCGUGUUUGGCGGCUUUACGGUGCUGGCCACCAAAGGCAUCUCGUCGUUCCUGGUGCUGACCACGGGCGACAACAGCGCGUGGCUGUUGCACGAGCCGCUUUUCUACGGCCUAGUUGCGGUGCUUGGCGCGACGGCCGUGCUGCAGCUCGCCUACCUGAACCGCGCGCUGCAGUCGUUCGACUCGCGCCACGUCAUUCCGACGCAGUUUGUCCUCUUUACCGUCUCGACGAUUGUCGGCUCGUCCAUUCUUUACCGCGACUUUGCGCACAUGUCGCAGGGCCGCAUCGUGGUAUUCGUCGCUGGCGUGCUCACCACGUUCCUCGGCGUGUUUGUCUUGACCUGCGCCCCGGACACGAUCGCCGACGAGGAGAGCGACGCGUCGCCUUUGCCGAGCACCGUCGAGAUCGUCGUCGAGGGCGACGCAGAGCAGCCUGCGGCGGAGCACGCGGUGGACACGCCCACGCCCGCGCAGCCGCUUCGGCCCCAGGGGGGGCGCCGGCGCGCGUACACCGCGCCGAGCCUCGACGAAGCACAGCCGAUGCAGCGGCCGCACCAGAAGCUCGCAAAUAUGGCCGCGGCGCUCGUCGAGCAGUCGCAGACCUACUGGCGGGGCAGCCUGCCGAUCCCGCGCCGCGCGCGCUCCGCACAGCGCCACGACAUGCGCCCGUCGUCGUCGCUGCCGGGCCUCAGCGACGACGAAGGGGCGAUGCUGCGCGUUCCUUCGCACGCCUUCCUUGGCAUCAGCCCGGGCCGCAACCUGCUUCUGAUUCCGAGCCAGGGCUCGCCGGCGCUCCUUCCGCUCGAUCUCCCGCCCGAGCUGGCGGUGCGCCGCGGACGUCACCGGCGCCACGGCUCGGCGCUCGCAUCCUACUUUACUGCGACCCCGCACGAGUCUUCAUAG